AGUUAUUUAACCACCAGACAGGUCGCUUUGUUGUAGAUCUGAUUGUUGGUUCCAUAAGCUGCGAGUGUUGUCGAGGGGUUGUGUGCAGCAGGUUCUUUGUGGAGUGAUCUCCGGACGAGGCCAGACACAAACGCACCGUGCAGAACUCGAGCACAAAUCCGCCAUGGCCGCUACAAUUGCAAGAACACUGUGGAGGAAAAAGGUUCCUGUCCAUGUGUCUCGCAUGUCCUAUUCGUCUGUGGUAAGAUCACAGCCAUUUUCCAUUGAAGAAUCUGUGCCUACUACAAAGCUUUUAAUCGACGGCAAGUUUGUGGACUCCGAGACUACAGAAUGGCUGGACAUCCACAACCCUGCGACCAACGAGGUGAUUGGACGCGUUCCCAAGGCGACGCAGGGUGAGAUGUUGGCGGCGGUGGAUUCGUGCUCGAGAGCCUUCGCCACCUGGAGCGAGACCUCCAUCCUCAGCAGACAGCAGAUCUUCCUGAAAUACCAGCAGCUCAUCAAGGAAAACAUCAAAGAGUUGGCCAAGUCCAUCACGGUGGAGCAGGGGAAAACGUUAGCUGACGCAGAGGGAGACGUCUUCAGAGGCCUGCAGGUGGUAGAGCAUGCGUGUAGCAUCACGUCUCUGAUGUUGGGAGAGACGCUGCCCAGCAUCACUAAGGACAUGGACACCUAUACCUACCGGCUCCCCAUAGGGGUGUGCGCUGGCAUCGCGCCCUUCAACUUCCCGGCCAUGAUCCCGCUGUGGAUGUUCCCCAUGGGCAUGGUGUGUGGCAACACCUACCUGCUCAAGCCCUCCGAGAGGGUGCCCGCCUGCACCAUGCUGCUCGCCAGGAUGCUGCAGGACGCCGGGGCGCCAGACGGCACACUCAACAUCAUCCACGGCCAGCACGCAGCGGUGAACUUCAUCUGUGACCACCCGGCCAUUAAGGCCAUCAGCUUUGUGGGAUCCAACCAGGCGGGAGAAUACAUCUACGAGAGGGGCUCCAAGAACGGCAAGAGAGUUCAGUCCAACAUGGGUGCUAAGAACCAUGGUGUGGUGAUGCCCGAUGCGAAUAAGGAGAACACUCUAAACCAGCUGGUGGGCGCCGCGUUCGGAGCAGCAGGCCAGCGUUGCAUGGCGCUCAGCACCGCCAUCUUGGUAGGGGAGGCUCGCAGCUGGCUGCCCGAGCUCGUCGACCGAGCCAAGAACCUUCGCGUCAACGCAGGUGACCAGCCGGGUGCAGAUGUGGGUCCUCUGAUCUCCCCGGAAGCGCGUGACCGUGUCAACAGCCUCAUCCAGAGCGGAGUGGAUGAGGGCGCGCAGAUGCUGCUGGACGGACGCUCUGUAAAGGUCAAGGGUUACGAGAACGGAAACUUCGUAGGACCCACCAUCCUGGGCGGCGUGACGCCUAAUAUGAAGUGCUACACUGAGGAGAUCUUUGGGCCGGUGCUGGUGGUUCUGGAGGCCGACAGUCUGGACGACGCCAUCUCCAUGGUGAACUCUAAUCCCUAUGGUAACGGUACCGCCAUCUUCACCACCAACGGAGCCACCGCCAGGAAGUACACACACGAGGUGGACGUCGGACAGAUCGGCGUCAACGUUCCCAUUCCUGUUCCCCUGCCCAUGUUCUCCUUCACUGGCUCCAGGGGCUCGUUCCGUGGGGACACUAACUUCUACGGCAAGCAGGGUAUCCACUUUUACACCCAGAUCAAGACGGUUACGUCACAGUGGAAGGCUGAGGACGCCACGCUGAAGACUCCAGCUGUUACCAUGCCAACCAUGGGUCGCUAAGGCGGAGUGCGGAGACCAGGUUCCCUGCUGGCACUACUACUGACAAGCCUUAAAACACCCAGAACAAACAUGACGCCAGAUGCAAGAAGUAGAAGUGUGUGUGUGUGUGUGUGUGUGUGUGUGUGUGUGUGUGUGUGUGUGUGUGUGUGUGUGUGUGUGUGUGUGUGUGUGUGUGUGUGUGUGUGUGUGUGUGUGUGUGUGUGUGUGUGUGUGUGUGUGUGUGUGUGUGUGUGUGUGUGUGUGUGUGUAAGGACCUGUGUGUGUGUGUGUGUGUAAGGACCUGUGUGUGUGUGUGUGUGUGUGUGUGUGUGUGUGUGUGUGUGUGUGUGUGUGUGUGUGUGUGUGUGUGUGUAAGGACCUGUGAAUGUAAGUGCGUUUGUGUGUGCGUGCGUGCGAGAUCUUGUAAAGCAAGUGUGUGUGUGUGUCUGUGUGACAGUGGAUGUGACUCCACGUGUGUCUGUGUGUUCUCUCCCUCCACUUCUUUAUAUUUCAGUCCUCUCCUGCCAGAGUGCUUCCACCGUAGACGUAUACUGUAAAAUAAAACCGUACGUCACUUCCUGCCGCAGUGCUCCUCGUGCUAGUCCGCUCCAUCAGCGCCUCCUUUAGGUGACUGAGGGAAAUGCACACAGUUGCAGCACAGUGGUGAUGAGAAGCCAAUACAGUGCAAAAAUACAAGCUCCUGAUGUACAAGCCUUCAGUGGGUUUACCUUCCUGAUUUUACACAUUGUCCCGAGGUCAGCACACAUGUAAACGCUUCAUGCAGCCAAGCAGAAUUUCUAGAGGGUUGCCCCUCCAGAGUCAUACUGUAGCCUGCAGAUGCACACACAAUCAGUCCGAUAUUCCCAGUCUUGGUCCAUCCCAGUAGUCUUUUUCUGUGCCUCAAACGACGCACUUUGUGCACUAUUUGUCAGUGUGUGGGGCACUCGCGCUAAACAUUCAGUGCACUGAGCGUCCAAACUUUCCACCGACACCGCACACUAAAGACCUCAGUGCUGUGUGCGGAAUGCACUAUACGUCACUGCACUGACACUAAGUGCGCUUUUUGAGACACAGAAUUUGUAGCUCCACCAGUAAAGCACAUUAGCUACCUGCCGUUACUCUGAUGCAGACCCGUUAGCUGCUUACUGUUAGCCAGGCCCAGACACGCUAGCAUUAGCUACCUAGCAUUCCCCUGAUCAUGUGAUGCAGUUGCCAUGCUGAUUAGUGGGUUGUCAUUAACAAGCCCUCAGUGUGUGCGUUAACCUACUUUUGUGCGUGAGAUUUGUUUGACAAUUUUUUUUAGAUUGAAUGUUUUGAAAUUUGUCAGAUGUUUAGUGAGAAUUCAAAAUGUUUUUUCCCUCCCUUUUUGAGAUACAUGUUGUGAUUACUGCAUGUUGGAGUGGAGCUUUGAGCCACCAAUAAUAAAAACACUUUUUGUGACGGAA